ACUUUUGACUUAGCGCACGUUUUAAAGUGACAUACCUCGGAGGCGAUUCUAUGCGCCAAUUACUGAUUUGGAACCCUAUUCAAUAUACACAGAGAAAUAAAAUAAUGUCAUUCAGCCAUCAAAAUACUAUCCCUUGACAUCAGUGUGACGACUCGACUUCUGACCUCUUUUCUGUCAAGGUGAUGUUGUGACAUCAAAAUGACAUUUUGUUGUCACUUUGGUAUACGGCUUCAUCAGAUUCUAGAGUGAUUACUUUUCUAUCGCUCAAGUGCAGAUAAUUAUCUUAUGGUAGAUAACGUUGACUUGGAUGUCUAUUUCCCGCAUCCCGGAGUUGCUGCUGCUUCGAUCUGCAUACAUUUAGUUAAAUAACCCAUUUUUCAAGCAUAGUAUUGUUAAAGAUUAAGCGUCACCCUACUUUUAAAAUGAUCCGAUAUUGUAGUCUCUCAAUACAGAGAAGUGUCAGAACUUUUAUGACCUCCUCUACUCAAAGUCAAGUAGCAAAACUUUGUAUUGUUGGUGGGGGUCCUGCUGCCUUUUACACUGCUCAGCAUAUCAUCAAGACUUUUCCUGAAUGUGAAAUUGAUAUUCUUGAACGUCUUCCUGUACCAUUUGGUUUGGUACGUUUCGGGGUUGCUCCUGAUCACCCUGAGGUAAAAAAUGUAAUAAAUACUUUUACCAAGACAGCAAAGUCUCCUCAAGUUAGAUUUGCUGGGAAUGUAAACUUUGGUAUAGAUUUGAGUCUUCAAGAACUAAAAGAAGCCUACCAUGCUGUAAUUUUGACGUAUGGAGCUGAGGAAGAUAAAACAUUUGGAAUUCCUGGAGAAAACUUAAAAAACAUAAUUUCAGCAAGGGAAUUUGUUGGUUGGUACAAUGGACUACCCCGAGAUAAAGACCUGAAUGUUGAUUUAAGUGAUGAAAAUGUUGUCAUCCUUGGCCAGGGUAAUGUAGCAGUAGAUGCUGCAAGAAUGCUUCUGUCGCCCCUAGAUGAAUUGAGGAAAACAGACAUAACUGAACAUGCCUUAGCAACGUUGGCUGAUAGUAAGGUCAAAACUGUGUAUUUAGUUGGUCGACGUGGUCCGAUGCAAGUGGCAUUUACAAUUAAAGAGCUACGAGAAAUGAUAAAUCUGAAGGAUUGCUCAUCAAUAUUUGAAAAAGAGCAUUUUCAAGGAAUUCCAGAACUUAUCCCAAAUUUGGUUCGGCCAAGAAAAAGGCUGACAGAACUUCUUGUGAAAAGCGCUUUAGAAACAAAUCCCAAACCAUCUUCUAAAACAUUUCGACCGUUAUUUCUGCGGAGUCCUCUCUCAUUUACGGGUGACUCUAAGGUUACAGGAGUUGAAUUUGAUCUCAAUACUUUACAAGGAGAGGAGUUUGAACACCAAACAGCUAUUUCAACUGGAGUGAAAGAAUCCAUAAAGUCUGGACUGGUUUUACGUAGUAUAGGGUAUCGUAGUGUUUGUGCUGAUCCCGGAAUCCCAUUUGAUAAACAGAAAGGAAGGGUUAUCAAUACAAAGGGGCGAGUAGACCAUGGUGUCUACAGUGCUGGAUGGUUAUCCACUGGUCCUGUAGGAGUGAUCCUAUCAACGAUGUCAAAUGCAUUUGAAACUGGAGCUAAUGUUGUUGAUGACAUUCGACAAGACAUCAUCAAUUUAAAUGAGAAAAAGCCAGGUCUUAGAGCUAUACUCUCCAAGUUAGAUGCCCGAGGUGUGCAAACUGUAUCUUUUGAUGGCUGGGAAAAAAUUGACCAGGAAGAAACAAAACGUGGUAAGGCACUGGGUAAACCUCGUGAGAAGAUAGUUAAUAUUGGAGAAAUGUUACAGAUUGCUGAAAGUGGAAAGAAACUUACUGCCAAAGGAUAGUUUCCUAGACAAUGAGUUCCAUAUUACAAUAUUUUUUAUCAAAACAUAUACAUUGUUAUUUUUAUAUUUUAUUAAAGAAAAAUUACUUAAAUCUAUA